AUGGCUUCGUCGGGCGAGCGCCUUCGCGACUGGUCCUUCGAAGGUUCCUACACCAAUCAAGAUGAUCUUUGGAGCGCCCAUUACCUUUUCCCUAAGAUCGGCAAGGAAGCCAGCGAAGAAUUCGUCCAAUUCUUUCGGGAUCGGGGCAUAACAACGCCUACGCUAGACGAUGGCGUCGAGCAAUAUCUCAAGCUGCAAACGACGCUCUGGAAGAAGCCCUCUCGCGUUGCAAAACCAGGCCAUCAGUCUUUGAGGUUUAUGAGCGCUGCCCAAACCUAUCGCUGGAGCUAUGAUCAGGUUCUCGCUGAGCAUGCAGAGCUUGUCAUACAGCUCCUCGAAGGAAGAGGAUCCGGAACACGAUAUCAAACAAUGUGCGACGUCGUCUUCAUCUUGGACGACAAGUCAAAGAAACCCUGCGGCAACCCCUCCUGUCCUACUACAGAGAGGAAGUUCACUGGACAAGUCCAAUCCUCUCUUGUCGUCACACUCGAGCCGCUACUUGACUGGGGAACUGUUGAGCCGGCCUCAGACAUCACCGUAGCUGCCGGUAGAAUCUUCCCAUUUCGCCGUAGCGGACCACGGAUGAAGGAUCCGUUGUGGACGCAGGUGGUCAGGAAGCUGGUGCCUCAGCAGCUACCCACCUACUGUCUGGGCUGUAUUGGAGAGCUUGUUGACAGACAUGCGGAGGUGCGUCUCGUAGGGCGUCCUAAAUAUGUAUGUUACAACCGAUCUCCCAACAUCAUGACGACUUUGUCGCAUGAACAUGGCAACAUGAUGGAAAUCUCUACUGACUUUGUCCAACAGGCGCCCGCCGGUCAACCUCAAGGAGCUAGGCACCUCCAUUCCCUAAUCCGGCCUAUUCGGCGUCCUACAUCGAAGGAAGAUUUGUACGAUCUGAGGGAGGGUGACGACUUGGAGGACGAUCAGAGCGUUGGAGGGCUGGCUUAUUCAACCACUGGCUCGCUAUAUCUCGAUGGCGUCACAGACGAAACUCCACAUACACAACCCAUUGACUUCACGUCCUACCACAGUCUUGGAAUCUUCUCUACACCCAAAGAUCGCGAGGCGUCAUGGACAAGUGCGUACAAUGCCCUCUUCGUUGGGGACAAAAGGAGCGCUGGUGAACCGCUUUCUCCACAGUGCUCUCCACGCUCUUUCACAACUCCGCUGGAUUCAACUAGUCUCAACCGUGUCUACUCCCCACUCCCAUCCUUGGGCUUCUCUUACAACACUCCGCCGCCGACUCCUGUAAACCCAAAGAAGCGCAUCUCAAAGACGCGCAUCUACGUCCAUCGAGAUCCGGAGUCUGUACAACACGAAGAUUACGAAAAGCUCGGCAGCAAGUCACUGCUACCAGGCAGUAUCCCAGAUUUCGGCAGUGGUAGUCGCAGGUUCGGUCGCGAUAUUGAUACUAACGCUGUCCGCGGCUUCUUCACCGAUCACCGUGUACGGCGAGAAAACAUGGCCGGAGCGAAGGGCACCGACAUCCGCAACUUCUUCACGGUAAUAAAUCCUGAGGGUCCCUCGACACCUCAACGCGCGGUCAAGACCAAGAACGUUGAUGGUGACGAUACGGACUUGAGCGAUGUACCAUCCGACAUAUCAGAACAGGAAUAUGACCCAGAUGGACCGGGCGGCGAGUAUACGCCUGCGAAGAACAAAGGCAAAGCAUCGUCAAACAAGAAAACGCCAAGCCCUCCGUCAAAACCCGCAGGCAAGAAACACUCACCGAAGGCGCCCAUGUACCGCAAACGCGACCCAGCCGCUGAUUAUACCGCGCCAUUUGGCGUCACCAAAGAAGCCUUCGAAACCCACCUCCAGCAUCUUCCCGCCAAAACCGACCUAAUCUGCUCCUGCCGCAAACCCGCUCGCACCAACGAGGUCCAGAUCACACAGUGUAUGAACAAGGACUGCAGAGUGCGCUGGUACCACAAGGAAUGUCUCGAUAGGAUCGGAAAGUUGAAAGCUAGACACGGAACGUACUUCUGCGAGCAGUGUCAAAACGAGAAGUACUAUGCAGAUCUCUCUCAGGCCAACGGAUGGACUACGAAGAAGUUGGUACAGAAUGAGAUUGGAAUGCCGUUUACGGGACAAGAGGUGGCGGGCACGUUUGGCAACACCGGCGACUUUCAAGCUGCGGAGAAUCCGUAUGGUUUUGGGAUGUCGGCUUCAAGUCCGCUAUCUCCCUCGGCUGAACCUUUCGUCCCGAACAGUGCGGCGGCGUUAAGUCGUCUUGCUGUGGGCUCUGAGCCUUCUCUUGGCCUGGCGACUUCGCGGCCGUAUUUCGUGAACGAGGCUUAUACCCGGGGACAGGAGCAUGCGCGUAAUGCGGACGAAGACUAUGAGCAUGCACGACUGUAUGGAUGUUACCCUGAGAGGUGCGAUGAGGAUGGUAAUGACGGCGAUGACGAGGACAGUUACGGUGAAGAUGAAGAUGAGGAGAUGGAUCAGACAUCAUAG